AUGGCCAUACCAUCCGACAGUCUCGCAACGGACGGGUAUGAGCACGACACCCUGCCGACCGAUGAACCGCAUACCCAUGUCUCCUCACAAGAGAGGGCAUCGCCAGAUGCCUCUGUCCCAGGGACUCCUAACUCCACGGACACCAACGAGGGCUUGGUUGCGAACCCCAGUCACGUUCAAGAGGGCGGGCUGGAGCAUGAUGGUCAUCUACACGAGACUGUCAUGGACGAGACGGCUGUCGCAGCAGAGACAGGCGUUGGCGUCAUCCAGCCCCGACCAACACAGACCUCGACGUCGCCCAGGAGGUCCACGCUGAAGAGCCGUCCCAGACUUGUGAAGAUGUUUCAUCGUCUCCAAGCCCCAACGCGGAUUCCCAAGGACGAGCUGCAGCUGCAGGACCCGAACCGCCAGCUAGGACUGAAGAAGUGGUGGGAUGGCCUUGGCGCCCACAAGAACAGUGAAAAAUGGGAGAAAUGCCUUCAGGGAGUCUUUGCGGGACUUUUUUAUGGCCAGUAUGCUGAUGAGAGGGACGCAUUCGAUAGGCGGAAGAAAAAGGGGAACCUGCCCACAUCCAAGUGA